AUGGCAGCCCCAGUAGUGUCCAGGUUCUCCCGGACACAGGUGCGAUGCUUCAGUACAUCUGUAGUCAGGCCAUUUACUAAGCUUGUGAGGCCACCUCUUCAGAUACAUGCCACUGCUGCGUAUUCUACUGCAUCUAAGCAGAAUAAACUGGAACAAGUAGAAAAGGAAUUGUUGACAGUAGCGCAACUCUUGAAGGAACCCAAAGUGGCUGCCUCCAUUAUGAAUCCCUAUGUUAAGUGUUCUGUUAAAGUGAAAACCCUAAAUGACAUGACCGCAAAAGAGAAGUUUUCUCCCCUCACAUGCAACGUGAUGAAUUUGCUUGCUGAAAAUGGUCGCCUGAACAAUACCCCUGGAGUCAUUACCGCCUUUUGUACCAUGAGUGUACACCGUGGGGAAGCACCUUGUUCAGUUACCACCACAUCUCUUUUAGGUGAGGCCACUCUUUCUGAAUUAAAAACGGUGCUGAAGAGCUUCCUAAGUAAAAAUCAGGUACUGAAAUUGGAAGUUAAGACUGAUCCAUCAAUCAUGGGUGGAAUGAUUAUCCAUAUUGGAGAGAAAUAUGUUGAUAUGUCUGCAAAAACCGAGAUUCAGAAGCUGAGUAGGGUUAUGCAGGAGGUUUUCUGA